AAGGUCAUGCCAUUUGUAUACCCUGUGAGAGAAGAUGGCCGACGAUCAAAUUCAGUUUGAAACACUUUUGAACACCUUAUUAAAUCCAGAAAACGACAUCAGAGUUAAAGCAGAGGAAGCAUAUGAUGGUGUACCUUCAGUUUCCAAAUUACCAUUCCUUGUAACAGCCUUGAAAAACAAAAAUUUGUCUGUGGAGGUUAGGACUCUUGCUGCAGUGCUGCUAAGACGUUUGUUUGCCAACAAUUUCGAGGAAUUUUGGCCACAGGUUCCUGUAGAUAUUCAGAAUGCUGUCAAAGAUCAAGUCCUUUUACUCAUCCAAGAGGAAACUUCGCCACCUGUCCGGAAAAAAAUCUGUGAUGCUGUUGCAGAAUUGGCUAGGAAUCUUAUAGAUGAUGAAGACAAUGUAACUUGGCCAGAGGUUCUAAAGUACAUGUUUGAAUGUGCUAAUUCUGCUGAUCCAGGUCUGCGAAGUUGUGCUCUCCACAUUUUUGGUCAGGUCCCAGGGAUAUUUGGAAACCAACAGGCUCACUAUUUAGAUGUUAUAAAACAGAUGUUGACGAGGUGUUUAAAUGACACAGGGAAUUUCGAGGUGCAGUCGGAGGCCGUCCAGGCCAUGACGGCUUUUCUAUCAACCAAUGAUAACUCUCCAACUCUCUUGGCACUGUUCAAAGACCUCGUUCCACCCAUGAUUCAGUUAAUUAAUCAGAGUGUGAGCUCUCAGGAAGAUGAUGCCCUGCUGAAAUGCUUGAUUGAAUUGGCAGAAAAUGUGCCAAAAGUUUUGAGAUCUCAUAUGGAAUCUAUUUUCCCAUUUUGCUUGAAGAUUGUUUCAGACUGUAAUUUGGAGGAUUCUUGGAGACAGCUGGGGUUGGAGGUCAUCGUUACCUUGUCAGAGACGGCACCAGCAAUGGUGCGGAAAAAUGCCAAGUUUAUGCCACUUCUAGUGCCCCAGGUGUUGGCCAUGAUGGUGGACUUGGAGGAGGAGCCGGACUGGUCCGUCCAGGAUGAGCCUGAGGAAGACGACACAGACAGCAAUGCGAUAGCAGCAGAGAGUGCCUUAGAUCGGUUGGCCUGUGCACUUGGAGGAAAGACCAUGCUGCCUCACAUCUUGUCAAAUGUUCCUCAGAUGUUACAAAAUAAUGACUGGCGAUACAGACAUGCAGCACUUAUGGCCAUCUCAGCUUGUGGUGAGGGAUGUCAUCAACAGAUGGAAACCAUGCUGGGAAACGUGUUAGAAGCCAUAAUGCCAUUCCUCAAAGAUCCACACCCAAGGGUCAGGUAUGCAGCUUGUAAUGCCCUAGGACAGCUGUGUACAGAUUUUGGUCCAGUCUUUCAAAAGAAGUUCCAUGACAAGUUAGUUCCUAGUUUGCUUCAAGUGCUGGAUGACAAUGCAAAUCCUCGAGUCCAAGCACAUGGUGCCGCUGCACUGGUAAACUUCAGUGAGGAAUGCCCUAAAGCUAUCUUGUCACAGUAUCUAGAUGUCAUCAUCCUUAAACUGGAAGAAGUUCUCAACAGCAAAUUUAAAGAGCUGAUGGAAAAAGGAACAAAGAUGGUUUUAGAGCAGAUUGUGACUACCUUAGCAUCUGUAGCAGAUACAGCUGAGGAGAAAUUCACAUCUCACUAUGACAGGUUCAUGCCCUGUCUGAAGUACAUUGUACAGAAUGCUGUUCAGCCAGAGUUACGGUUACUGAGGGGGAAAACCAUCGAGUGUAUAAGUCUGAUAGGAUUGGCUGUUGGAAAAGAAAAGUUUUUACAAGACUGCAGUGAUGUCAUGCAGCUUCUUCUAAAACAUCAAACAACCCAGGAGGAAAUGGCUGACGAUGACCCCCAGCUUUCAUACAUGAUCUCAGCUUGGGCUAGAAUGUGUAAAAUCAUGGGAAAGGAAUUUCAGCAGUACCUUCCUAUUGUCAUGGGCCCUGUUCUCAAAGCAGCAUCACUCAAACCAGAAGUGGCCUUGUUAGACAGUGAAGAAAUUAAAGACAUGGAAAGUGAUACUGAAUGGCAGUUUGUUACUGUAGGUGAUCAGCAAAGUUUUGGGAUUCGAACUGCUGGUCUUGAAGAAAAGGCUACUGCUUGUCAGAUGUUGGUAUGUUAUGCUAGGGAGUUAAAGGAGGGUUUUGCAGAGUAUGCAGAGGAGGUAGUGAAAAUCAUGGUCCCAUUACUCAAGUUUUACUUCCAUGAUGAUAUACGAAUUGCUGCAUCGGAGAGUUUGCCGUACCUGAUUGAAUGUGCCAAGAUCAAGGGUGACCAGUAUGUUGCGGAGAUGUGGCAGUUUAUUUGUCCCAGUUUACUGAAAGCCAUUGAAAUAGAACCAGAAAAUACUGUUUUACCAGAGCAUAUGAACUCACUUGCCAAGUGCAUUGAAAAGCUAGGCAGGGGCUGUUUAUCAGCAGAAAAUUUACAACUUCUGGUCCAGCUGAUGGAGAAACAGUUAGUGGCACACUUUAAAAGACAGGAAGAAAGACAUGAAAAACGGAGAGAUGAAGACUAUGAUGAAGAUGUAGAGGAGACUUUAUUAGAUGAGGAUGAUGAAGAUGUAUACAUUUUGAGCAAGAUUUCGGACACCAUUCAUGCCUUAUUUGGAACACAUAAAGAAGAAUUCCUCCCAGUCUUUGAACAACUGCUCCAUCAUUUUGUCAAAUUACUGGGUGCUGAUAGGCCAUGGCCUGACAAACAGUGGGGACUCUGUAUCUGGGAUGAUGUAAUAGAGCAUUGUGGAGGUCAUUCUGUGAAAUAUCAGGAGUACUUCUUAAAGAGCAUGAUGGAAUAUGUUUGUGACAAGCAGCCCGAGGUUCGGCAGGCUGCAGCAUAUGGUGUUGGAGUUAUGGCCCAGUUUGGCACUGAAGCAUAUGCAACUACGUGUGCAGAGGCCUUGCCCUUACUUGUAAAGGUGAUACAGGACCCAGAAUCUCGAUCUGUAGAAAACAUCAACCCUACAGAGAAUGCCAUAGCAGCUGUAACAAAGAUCUGUAAAUACAACAGCAGUCAGAUUAAACCGAACGAAGUCCUACCUGUCUGGUUCAGCUGGCUUCCUGUGUGGGAGGAUGAAGACGAGGCUGUACAUACAUACAAUUAUCUCUGUGAUCUGAUUGAGGCAAACCACCCCUUAAUAUUAGGAAAUAACACUGAAAACCUGCCUCGUAUUAUCAGCAUCAUUGGGGAGGCGUUGAGUCGGGAAGCUGUUAGCUCAGAAGAUGACUGUUAUCCCCGUAUGUUGAACAUUGUGAGACAAGUGCAGGGAAACCAAGAGUUAUUCCAGGCUUGUAUACAACAAUUAUCGGAGGAACAGAAGGAGGCAUUAUCAGAAGCUUUGUCCAAGGGCUGACCUUGAACAAACUAGUCCCUAUACCAGACAUUUUAUCUUGGUGGUGUGUGGCAAAAUAUGGAAAGACAUUGUGAUCUAGCUUGGAUAAACUGCUUAGCUUUUACCAUUGCUGAAGACCAGGGCUUUCAUAAACUAUCAGGAUUCGAUCCUACAAACUUUAUAUUCUGUGCAAUUGUUACCAAUGCUGUGAAUGUGUGAGUGUGUGUUUACUGAUGAAAUGUGACCUUUUUCAAAACCCAAAGGUGUACAUACUGCUUUCUUCAAAGUUUGAUACACCCCACCCCCACCCCUUUACUGAGCCUGUCAAACUUAAGGAGAGAGAAAUGUGAACUCCCAGACUCUUGUUAUUGUUAGACUUCUAGGCAUAAUUGACAUCUAGACUGAGAUAACGCAGUUUGAGAUUAGUCAGACUCUGUUUAUAGGAGUUUUAAUUCUUAGAAUUUCAUUUUGCAUGGUGCUGCAGGAGUAUGAAGGAGGAAAAUAUUUGUUUCCUCACAAAAGUGUGAAGCUUCAUGAUAAAUUCAAUUCCUAAAUGCUAGAAAAGGUUGUUUUCUUUUAUAGAAGUAGAUGAUUUGGUAGUGUAUAUAUAUCUAUAUCAAAGUAUUAUUGAGUGAAAGCUUUGAGAAGUUUCAAGCACUUCUUUUUGUCAAAAUAUCCUUUUGUUAUAUCACUUCUCCUCUGUAUUCUUAAAAAAAAGAUUGUCAUUCCAGUAAUGAAUUUUAUUUAGGAGAUUAUAAUACUGUGCUUGUAUGAAUAUCAGUUGCAAUCCAUUUGUCGCCUUUGUUAAAUGCUUAUGUUGUUUUGGAUUGUUUUUUAGAACAUCCUUGUGAAAAUGUACUUGUUAUUAUUUGCAGUUGAACUUCUGUAUCUACAAACAUUGAUAUCUCGAAUACCAUGGAUAUGUCAAAGUGCGCUGUAGUCCCAACCACUUUUUCUCCAUUUAUCUUCAGUAUCUGAAAUUUUGAAGGUUAAUUAUACUUGUACAAAGCAGUUUUUAAAAAAAUCUUUUUUUGUCAGUACAUAACUUUCUUGGUUUUAUUACAUUUAAAAACAUAUAUAUUUUUGGUGGAAAUACAUACCCUUGUUAAGUACAUUGUCGUAGCAAUACUUUUUGUCAUAUUCCAAAUCUGCCAUAUUCCAAAUAUUUGGUUCAAUUUUUACUGGAAAUAGGUUUUAUUAAAAAUAAUUUUUUAAACAAGUAUAGACUAUACUAUUUGAUCAUUGAUUUCAAAUGAAUAACCAUUUUGAAAUGUCUUGGAAGAUUUUAAUAAUUUCAUAACUUCUGCUGAAUGUUUUUAUGUGUAGCUGUUUGUGAAAACAAAAUAGGAAUACCGUAGCUUUGAAUUGACUAAUUUUCCAAGAUUUGCAUCUUUAGAACAUUGAGGAACUGCUUUUGUUUGUUUCACUGACAUUUGACACUAUAGGAGUUGCAGUAUGUGGAAAUGGCAGAAAAAUGUUAACAAAUGAAUUAUAUACUGUUAUGAUGAUAUGCAACUUAUUAAAAAUGAAAACCACA